UACGGAAAAGGUCCCUUAGCCCACUUGAUUCUAGCAUCUACCCUCCUCUCACGGUUGUUGUGGUGAGACGCUGCUUUACGGCUCUGUGAGGUGAUGAUAAUAAAGAUGGUAGAAAUGACAGAGGCCUGAGAGGGUGGACCGGGGUUGUUGUUAUCUCCGUGGCUGGAGCUAUGGAUAAGAAGAAGAAGCUGCUGGAUGUGACGGCCGCCUCGCUUGUAGAUCUGAAAGCUGAACUUUUUCGUAAACAAGAAGAAUUCAAUCAUGAUAAACUCACCAAAGCAGCCGGCGGAACAUCAAAGCCCAGAACGUCCACCAAGAAACCUAACAUCUGGAUAAAGCAGAAUGCCGGGGUCAGCGCUCGAUCGGAGAGAGAUGUGGAGGAGACGGAUGAGGAGAAGAACACAUUGGAGAAAUCCAGGAAAAGGCUGGAAGAGAAGGCUCUCCUGUAUGAGAAGAUGACCAAAGGAGCUUUUCCCGAUGAGGAGACGGAAGAGCUGUACCUGGUCGAUUUUGCACAAAAGAUCAUAGACAAGAGGAAGGAGGUACAGUCCCUGCGUCAGAUAGAGGAGAAGAAAGCAGAGAUUGAGGAGGAGGACAGGGCUCAUGAUUUGCCAAUUCCAGACCCGCAGGACCCCAGUGAAGAAUGGGUGGAUUAUGUAGAUUCCCUGGGUCGGUCAAGACGUUGCAUGAAGAAGGAUCUACCCGGUCUCUUGAAAAUGGACAAAGAUCUGCAAGGCAAAAGACCAGCGGCACAGGAGAAGACAUUGCUGUCUGAGGACAUGAGACGGGAGAUGCAGAGGGAGCAGUGGGAGAAGGAAGAGGAAGAAGCCAUGAAGAGGCCGGUGGGACCCAUGCACUAUGAAGACAUUCGGAACAAUGAGGCCAGGGAGCUGGGUGUUGGUUAUUUUGCUUUUGCAAAGGAUGAACAAAUGCGUCGGAAGCAGAUGGAUACUCUGGAUAUGCUGCGCGACCAGACUGAAGACCAAAGACUUAAACGUGAACGUUUAAAGGCAAAGCGUAAGGCCAUACUGGAUGCGCGACUCUCCAAACUACGCCAGCGCAAAAUGAAGCAGAUGAAAGGGGAGGGAGCAGAAUUAGAGACGGGUCAGGAUGAAGAGGAGGAACCGGCUGAGCCAGAGCGGCCCCCUGAACGUGAGAAGAAAGUGGAGGUUGUUGUCCAGGAGCGGAGAGACACCAAACCCGGAGCACCCCACGUCCGAGAGUGGGACCGAGGCAAAGAAUUCACAAACGGACGUUGGUCAAAAAUCUGCGACGACCUUCGAGAUGAACGGGAACCGGAGUUCGCACCACCUUCCUUCUACGCUUCCGAGCACAAGAAGUCCAGCGGUUAUCAGAAGAAACGGUGGAACCAGGCAGGACCCUCCAGUGAGACGUAUAGUGGUGGGAGGGGGCCUGGACCCUCCAGUGAGACGUAUAGUGGUGGGAGGGGGCCUGGACCCUCCAGUGAGACGUAUAGUGGUGGGAGGGGGCCUGGACCCUCCAGUGAGACGUAUAGUGGUGGAAGGGGGCCUGGACCCUCCAGUGAGACGUAUAGUGGCGGAAGGGAGCCUGGACCCUCCAGUGAGACGUAUAGUGGCGGGAGGGGGCUUGGACCCUCCAGUGAGACGUAUAGUGGCGGAAGGGGGCCUGGACCCUCCAGUGAGACGUAUAGUGGUGGGAGGUGGCCUGGACCCUCCAGUGAGACGUAUAGUGGUGGGACGGGGACUGUACCCUCCAGUGAGACGUAUAGUGGCGGAGGGGGGCCUGGACCCUCCAGUGAGACGUAUAGUAGUGGGAGGUGGCCUGGACCCUCCAGUGAGACGUAUAGUGGUGGGAGUGGGCUUGGACCCUCCAGUGAGACGUAUAGUGGUGGGAGUGGACUUGGACCCUCCAGUGAGACGUAUAGUGGUGGGAGGGGGCCUGGACCCUCCAGUGAGACGUAUAGUGGUGGGACGGGGACUGUACCCUCCAGUGAGACGACAAGCUCUGGUCACGGACACAACCCAUACACACCGGAGGAUCCGGGACCCAACAGAAGUGGGAACCUGGAUAUUAGGAGCUUGGAUGAGAUGUUGUCGUACUACAGGCAGGUGACAUGAUGGCAGGGCUGGGGGAAGGGACAGCAGAUACUCACUAUCUGUGUCUAUCAGGGACUGGAGACUACGAGCUAUUGCUUGUUCUCAUCUCUAUUGUAUUUAGUGUAAUAUAAACACAGAUUAUCUCUGGGGAAAUGACAUGUAUUAAUUCUUGUGCAUUGUUAUGCUUGGAUGCUCUCUGCAUCAUUUGGGAGCCUGAAGGAACUACCUUACUGGUCAAUUACCUAGUUUUGUAAAUUAUCAUGUCAUUUAUCAUUUGAGCAGCAGAUGGCAGCAAAGUUUCAUAAAUAAAAGCUCCAGCAAUAACGAA